UUAGGCGCGGUGGCAGGGGUAUCGUUAACGUUUAGUUUGGUUCAUGGUGUAAGUUGUUUCUUUCUUUUCAGAAACAUAUUGUGGGUAUUUUUGUAAUUUUUAAACGAAAAUGACUUCUGCAAUGUCACCUAAUUUAACUGUAAAAAUACACCCGGUUGUCUUAUUUGCAAUUUGUGACUCUUACGAGAGACGAAAUGAUUUUCAACAUCGAGUGAUUGGCACACUUUUAGGUGUUCAUGAAAAAGGGGCUGUUGAAGUGACAAAUUGUUUGUGUAUUCCUCACAAUGAAUCUGAAGAUGAAGUUGCUGUGGAUAUGGAAUUUGCUAAAGCAAUGUACGAAUUGCACAAGAAAGUUAAUCCAAGUGAAGUUAUUGUCGGAUGGUAUGCUACUGGAGCUGAUGUGACUGGUCACUCUGUUCUAAUUCAUGAUUAUUAUAGCCGAGAAACAAAUAAUCCUAUUCACUUAACAGUUGAUACCUCAUUAUCUGAAGGAAGUGUCACAUGGAAAGCAUUUACAAGCACAAAUUUUGGGGUUCCCGGAAAGAAUACAGGAACUAUGUUUACACCAUGCAAAGUAGAAAUUGUUGGCUAUGAACCAGAACUUGUUGGAAUGAAAAUAGCUCAACAAACCAAGCAUAACAAACAGAGGAGCGUGGAAAUUCUGCCCGAUUUAGAUCUAAUUAACAAUGCUCUGCAGGAAAUGCUGCUGUCCGAUGUGGUGAUUGCCUAUGUUGAUGAUAUUCUGGCAAAUAGAAAGCCUCCAGAUAAUUCAGUGGGACGGACAUUAAUGGACAUUGUACAGAGUGUGCCACAAAUGAGUCCAGAGGAGUUUCAAGACAUGCUGAAUUCAAAUAUGAAAGAUUUAUUGAUGGUUAUAUACUUGUCUCAACUCACAAGGAGCCAACUGGCAUUGCAUGAAAAAAUUAGCUUCUUGUAAAAAAAUGAGAAUAAAUUUCUGUUUAAUGAAUUUA